AUGUGGAGAUGGGGAAAUGCUAAAAAGCGCCGAUCGAUGGAGGAGCGGCGCCUCGACCUGGUGCUGGUACCCUUGGGACUUUUGGUGAUGGCCGUGUACCAUGGAUGGCUUCUAUUCACUUUCAUUCACAACCCGAAACGCACUGUAAUCGGCCUCAACGCCCACGCCAGACAGAGAUGGGUCAGAUCCAUGAUGGCUGAUCCCUUGAAAAAUGGAGUCCUAGCCGUCCAAACCAUACGCAACAACAUAAUGGCAUCGACCCUACUCGCGACCACAGCAAUCACCCUCAGUUCGCUUAUAAGCGUUGUCGUGAGCAGUGCAUCGUCCGAAUCAUCAUCCUACUUAGUCUACGGCAACAAGACGCCGCUCGUCUCAUCAAUCAAGUACUUCUCCAUCUUGGUCUGCUUUCUCGUAGCAUUCCUCUGCAAUGUCCAGUCCAUCCGAUACUAUGCGCACGUUAGCUUCCUUGUGUCAGUAGCCCCACCUAAGAACACCCCAGGGGCUGUCUCAUACGUCGGACGUUGCCUGAACCGUGGCAGCUUCUUCUGGACCCUUGGAUUGCGGGCCUUCUACGUAUCCUUCUCCCUCUUCCUUUGGAUCUUCGGUCCCAUACCCAUGUUUUCGUGCUGCUGCGUCAUGUCCUGUUUGUUGUAUUUUCUUGAUUCUACGGCGGAUUUCACCCUGCAUUUCUCUGAUCACUUGGGUGGGAUGGAGGAUCUCAAAAUGAAUGACGUUGAAUCCCAAUGAUUAUGCCCUGCAAAAAAUGUGGGCCCCACCUCGAAGAUCCGGCGAUUGUUAAGUUGGUUGUAAUGAGAAAUGAUCUGAUACAACAGCUGUAGCAUAUGUUAUGAUACAGUCGUUCUUUUAGGUUCAUAUGCCACGUGUAGAAUAUCUAAUCCGAGGAAAAUGUGGGCCGCAUCAUCAUUGUCAGCUGAUAUGAAAAUCAGGACGAUCCACUCAUUGGUGGGUCACGCAAUACGCUACUCUGAUGGGAUGUUCACACAUAUGACGUUGGAUGGAAAAAAUGGCUGUAACGUAACUUAUGAUACAACCGCUGCAUUGGAUUGUUUAUCUGUCAUGUAUGUGAGUUUAUGCGAUGUGGGUGUAUGCUAAUGUGGAAUAAGAACUUUUUAGCCUUCUUUCAA